UCUGCAACUGGAAUGGAAUCGAGUAAAAUGACCGACGUUGAAGCUCCUCGAGUGCAUACCGGGAUGCGUCAAAGGAAAAAAUCGCCAAAGAAUCUGGCUAUAGCUUCGAGGCCGUUUGCUGGGAGAAUUGGCGGCAACCAAGAGUUUACAGUACCAGCAGAUGAUGCCUCUGUUGACCUGCUUCCGGACGCAGCAGCAGUAUUUUCAUGGCGGCAGUCGUUUUCUCCACGCGCAUUCGCUGACAUAGAGCUAUGGAAAGAAUCAUUCAUCGAAGGCGUGGGAACAUGUCUGCAAACCUACCUCUCCGGCCUCGCUGCCGUUGGUCUCGGUUCCCUUGUUACAGCAACGGCACUGGGAUCCGUUGCACCGGCUGCUUUUGGGAGCAUUGUGACUGGGACGCUGAUUGCGCUGUUUAUCUUUGGGGCUGGGCCGGUAUCCGGGGCGCAUUUCAACCCGACAAUAUCCAUGGCAACUUUCACGGCAGGGCUAUCUAUCUUUCCUAGGACGCUGCUGUAUGUUGUUUUUCAGAGUGCUGGGGCUGUGGUGGCUGGCGCUCUGGUCCGGGCGAGCCUGGGGAUGAGGCCACAUGAUAUUCCGCCUAUACCGGGAUGCUAUAUUGACACUGAUCUCGUCACACCGGGCGAAGCAUAUGUUUUGGAGACUAUGACGUCCUUUGGGCUGAUCUUUGUUGCCUUUGGAGUGGGCCUUGAUCCUAGGCAGAGGGAAGUCUUUGGGCCAGCUUUGUCGCCAAUCCUGGUUGGUCUAACACAAACUGUGUGCACGUUUGUCUCCUCGAUAGUACGGCCUGGAUACAGUGGAGCUUGUAGGUCUACUCUAUUGUUACGUGAGAAGUCCAGGUUAGCUCAUAGUCAUCAGCAUGCAAUCCGGCGCGGUGCCUUGGUCUUAUGGUUGCAACGAUGCUUUAGAUCGCUUCGAUUACCACUACAUUCAUUGGGUAGGACCGAUGACGACGGCGAUAAUGAAUGGGAUGUUGUAUUGGGCGAUUCCGAUAUACAAGUCUAA